AUGAAAACCAUGGCCGACUCAUCCAGGAAGAUUGAUGAAACUUACAGUAACAAGGAGCCUUCGGCACAAACUGUUGCAAGAGAUGGAGAGGCGCCCGUAUCUGUCCUCGAAGAUGGGUCGCUGGAUCCGGUGUACGAAGCCAAGGCGAAGAUGCUGAACAAAGCAAUCCAGGACAUAGGCAUGGGAAGGUAUCAGUGGCAGCUCUUCAUCGUCAUCGGCUUCGGAUGGGCCAUGGACAAUCUCUGGCCCAUCGUAACAUCGUUGAUCUUCACACCUGUGAGCAACGAGUUCAGCCCUACCAGACCACCGCUUCUGUCUCUGUCUCAAAACAUUGGACUUCUCUUCGGCGCAGUGUUCUGGGGUUUCGGUUGUGACAUAUUCGGCAGGAGAUGGGCCUUCAAUCUCACCAUCGGUAUCACGGCUGUAUUCGGUAUGAUAGCGGCGAGUAGUCCAAACUUUGCUGCCAUUGGCACUUUUGCUGCUUUAUGGUCUGUUGGCGUGGGUGGAAACCUGCCUGUAGACUCUGCCAUCUUUCUCGAGUUUCUCCCUGGAUCACACCAGUAUUUGUUGACAAUCCUGUCGAUAAACUGGGCGCUCGCACAAGUCUUUGCUACUCUUGUAGCAUGGCCGUUGCUUGGAAAUCUUACAUGUCAACAGACGGAUACAAACUGCGCGAGAGGAGAGAAUAUGGGAUGGCGAUACUUUAUGAUUGUAAUGGGAGGUGUUGCUCUUAUGAUGUUCAUUGGACGCUUCGUCUUCUUUACAAUCUUCGAAUCGCCUAAGUUCCUCAUGGGCAAAGGAAACGAUUCAGAAGCCGUCCGUAUUGUUCAUGAGGUUGCCCGCCGCAACGGCAAAGCUUCGUCUCUGACUCUCGAGGAACUCACGACUUGCAACAACUACGCGCUACCUGGUACCGCUCAGCAAACCAGCACUGCCACCGCAGUGGUCAAGCGCAACCUUCAGAAGUUGGACAGCUCGCACGUCAAGGCUCUUUUCGCCACGAAGAAACUAGCUUUUUCAACUAGCACAAUCACCUUGGUCUGGGCAUUUAUCGGACUCGGUUACCCACUAUACAACGCAUACCUGCCCUAUAUCCAAGCCACACGUGGCGUAGACUUUGGCGAUGGCUCCACCUAUAUAACCUAUCGCAACAGUCUCAUCAUCGCUGUCCUGGGCGUACCAGGCUGUAUCCUUGGUGGUCUGCUCGUUGAGGCGCCUUAUAUAGGCCGCAAAGGCACACUGUCCUUGUCCACAGUGCUUACUGGUGUAUUCCUGCUAUGCUCCACAAGGGCACUCAAUUCUAACAGCCUCCUUGGAUGGAACUGUGCCUACAACUUCAUGAGCAAUAUCAUGUACGCAGUCUUGUACGCAUACACCCCUGAGAUCUUCCCAACAAAGGAUCGCGGUACAGGAAAUGCCAUCACAGCGAGCGCGAACAGAGUUUUUGGUAUCAUGGCGCCCAUUGUUGCUAUGUUUGCGGACUUGGAGACUAGCGUGCCCGUUUACGUGAGUGGGGCAUUGUUCAUCGCUGCGGGGCUGUUAGUGCUGAUAUUGCCUUUUGAGAGUAGAGGAAAGGCGAGCAUGUAA